AUGAUGAAAGAGAUUAUUGUUAUUUGUAUUUUAGCUAGUUUAUUGAUUGUUGGUUCGAGUGCUCAAUCAACAUGUAAUGGAGAUACCUAUCUUUUUUCAUGUGCAGAAGAGGGUGACCUGUGUUUCCAAAAUGGUAGCAUUAGAUGUGGUUACGGAUAUGGAUGUCUUCCAAACCCAAUAAUCCCUCAGUUUUCUGUUUUGGCUGAAUUAGAUGGUGGAUCUUCUUAUGAGCCAUACCCAGCUGAGGCAAGUAUCAACAACUACAAUAAUGUUAUGUUAUAUCAUCAUUGUCUUAUUUGUAUUAAAUUAGGUGCAAUUGGAUCACCAUGUUUCGAUACUGCUCAAUGUAUGGCUGGUCUUCAUUGUUACGACUCUAACAAUAAUGGAACAUGUCAACAACUCUCAUUUGCUCAAUUGGGUGAAGACUGCAGAUUGGAUCAAGAAUGUUACUCAUAUUUAAAGUGUGAUCCAUUCGAAAGGGAAUGUGCUCCCGAUAUCCACUCUGAUUAUCAAUGUGUAAGCAAUAUUCAAUGUUCAUAUGGGUUCCAAUGUAACACUACCUCUCAUCGUUGUGUCCCAAGAUCAUCAUUGGGUCAAGUAUGUGAACGAUCUGAAGAUGGAUUUUCCUACAUGUAUUGUCAAGAAGACCUUGUUUGUAAUGGCGACUCUGAAGGUAAAUAUACUUGUGUCACUCCGUUCUCUGUUGCCAUUGGAAAGGGUUGUAUUCGUGACUAUGAAGACCUAUAUGGUGAAAAUGGUUUCUACAUUUCACCAUGUCAAGCUGGAUCCAAUUGUUAUUUGGAUGUAUGUACCGCUCUCAAUAUUACUGCUGCAUCGGUCAAUUGCUCCGCCGAUAUCAACCUUUGCUCCGCCUUUGAAUCAUGUCAAUGCAACAAUGCCACCUAUUUCGAAGGUGCCACUGGACAAUGUGUCUCUACAUUUGUCACCAACACUGACACUAUCAACAAGUGCGUUGAAUACACAACCGAGCUUUUAAGCUGUCUCAAGGACAAUGAGUGUACUGGGUACGCUCAAUCUAUAGAACUAGAAGAGGAUUUGUUAGUUCCAAACUCUUGCGGUUACAGACACUGUCACAGUGAAAUCUGUAACAUUCAAGCUGAAUGUAUCUCUCAACCUCCAAGUCCCGCUCCAACCUGCGGUGCAGUUGAUUUGGAUGAACUAAUGUAUUGUCAAGAUUUUAGUUCUGCCAGUACUCUUUCUUUUACAACUGCUUCCAUCUUAUUUGCCGUUGCUACAAUCGGUCAAAUUGCCGCCCAAUCAUGCAUUUCUAAUAUUUACUACCCAUAUCAAUGCGUAGAACAAGGCAAAGAAUGCAAUCAAAACAACACUUGUACUUAUGGUUUUGGAUGUAUUCAAAAUCCAUUCUACCCAAAUAACAAUGUUGACUCUAUUUUAGCCGACAUUGGUGGUUCCUCAUUUGAACCAAUUCCAGAAAGAACUUGCCAAUAUUUAGGUAGAAUUGGAGACUCAUGCGAUGAUGAUUACGCUCCCUGUUUGGAAGGUUUGUCCUGUUACAACUCUAUCAGUGGCAGUCGUAACCAAACCUGUCAAAUCUUGAAUGUUGUCCAAUUAGGUUUUGAUUGUUCAUUCGAUGGAGAAUGUAUGAGUUACCUUACUUGUGAUCCAUUCAGUGGAAAGUGUAUUGCCGAUCUUUCAAACGGCCAAGUUUUGGAUGGACAACAAUGCUCAGAGACAACUCACUGCGCCUACGGAUUCCAAUGCAAUUAUGACGAUUCCCUUUGCGUUGCCAGAGCUACCCUUGGUCAACAAUGUGGUAACGGUAUUGAAGACAAGGACUACACUGUCGUCUGUAUGGAAGACACUCUUUGCUCGGCCAACGCCACUGGUUACACUCACUGUGUUGCUCCAUUCUCUCUCGGACUCUAUUCCUCCUGCUCAGAGAAUACCCAAAACCUCUAUGGUUAUGACGGUAUUUACAUUUCACCAUGUCAAGCUGGUUUGGUCUGUUACGACGGUCUUUGCAGCACUCUCAACAACACUGCUGCCAGCGUCAACUGCUCUGCUGAAUACUGUGUCGAACCAACUGAAACCUGUCUUUGCGCCAACGGUACAAACUCUGAAGGUGCCGCCGGUCGUUGUGUCUCUCAAUAUAUCACCGACUCUGGCGCCCAAACCGAGUGUGUCCAACUCACCACCGAGCUCCUUGCCUGUGCCGCCGACAACCUUUGCGACGACUAUGACUUUUACGUUAGAGAUCAAUUGGGUAAUGGUUUCUUGCCAGGUUCCUGUCUCCACGAGCACUGCAGUAGCGAAAUUUGCAAGAUCACUGAAAAGUGUACCAUGGUCAAUCCAGUCGCUGGUCCAUCAUGCAUUGACAAGUCACUCGACGAAAUUGGUUUCUGUGCUGAAUUCUCAUCUGCCAACACCCUCGCUGUCUCUGCUUCCCUCAUCUUUUUGAUUGUUGCUGCCCUCCUCUUCUAA